AUGGGGUCCGGUUCAGGGACAGCAGAACCGGCCCAUGGGCAGCGCGGGGACUCCUCCAACGCCGCCGCCUCCGCCACCUCCGCCUCCGCCUCCUCGCCGCCACCUCUCCCCCCUGCAGCGCCCCUCCAGCGGCCCCAAGAAGAGCGGGACCGCGAGCAGGCCGGAGGCUCGAGCUCCGCUGCGGCGGGGCUCGACCGGAAGGGCAAGAAUCUCCCAUCCGCACCCGCAGUUCCUUCUUCGGAGUCUUCAUCUUCGAGCUCCGGUGGCAGCAGCCCCGAGGACGCCGACGCCGCGGCCUCCGGAGCCCGGCCGUUCGACAGCACGGCGGUGUUCCAGCAGCUGCUACGGGAGCAGACGGCCAUCAAGGAGGCGGGUGGGUCGUUGGCCGAGGGGACGAGCAAGAAGAAGAAGCCGGAGGCGCAGGUGACAUCGUCGCACGCCAUAGCGGAGCUCUGGCACAAUCUUAUAAAGGCCCAGGCAGAGGCACCCACUGAAGGUUCUGCCCAUCAGGAGCAGAGGGAGAAGAAUACUCAGCAGCAGGCUUCACCUCAACUUCCAGAGGAGCACGCAGGGUGCAAGAAGAGGGAUGAUUGUGACAAGAUCGAAGCAGACCGCAGUGUACCUACAGACCUCAGUGCUGAUUCGAGUAGGUUUUGGCAAUCCGAGUCCGAAAACGCCACUGGUAUCGCCCGGAUUCCUUCUUCAUUGGAUCCUUGUCGGUUCAGACUCUGAAUCGAACUGGUAGAUGCAGCAGCUCCGAGUGUUGGGUCCUCUCUCUCUCUUCUCUUCUACAAGCGGGCUCCGAUUCGGAAAGAUGGAAGAGG